CAAAUUCCACCAUUAUUUUCAUCAUUUAUGAGUACACAUCAACUAAUAUUAACUGAAAAUUAUGAAAAUGAAUUAAUGGCAGAUAUUUUUAGAUUUGCUUCUUUAGUUAUUUUGGAGAUUCAAAAGAAAUUUCUGGAUCAUCUAUUAUUGAAUGCAAUACAAAUACUUAAUCCAAAAGAAUGGCCAAGAAAUAAAGAAGAGUUGUUAAAAUUUGGAGAUGAUUUCGAUUUUAAUCAAGCACUUACAAUUUGGUUAAAGAUGCGUAAAAGAAAAGUUUAA